CCGUGUAUGUCUUGUGCAUAUGAAGAAAGUGACAAUAAAAGCUGACUUGACUUGACUUGACUUUAGCACCUCCAAACCAGAUGAGGGCGCUAGUGAAGAUUGCAAUUCAGCACACCUGCACCCCAUACGUCACGAGGAAAUAAUUUGUGUUGCGCGUUCAAAACAGAGUAGUGUUAUCUCGGGUUUUCCUAAAUACAAAGAUUAUUUAGGCCUGUGUUAACGGCAAAACACGUAGAAUGGAUUGAGUUGAACAAAAUGGGUCCAUUUUUCUGUGCAAUAUGUAGACAGACCGAUUUCAAUGGGAAGGGGCACGUCUUUGGCAAGAGUCACCAGGCUAAACUAAAGGUUGUCAUUGUGAAAUUCUUGGAGAAGGUGAAGGAGGCCCGGAGGACUAUUAAAAAUCCUCAAGUGGAGAAAUUUUCGAGCACAGAACAUCAGUGCAACUUUUGGUGUUACUGCUGUGAGCUCGAGGUGGCAAAGCACGUCUCGAAUGGAAAUCUUACCGUCAUGUUCGGUGGCUUGCUGGAGCACAUGAGCACGCAAGAGCACAGAAAGAGCACGCACAAGUUUUGGUGGCAAAACAAAGCCGACCAGAAGCUCCGGGACAAAUUCAUAAUUUCCUCAGAGGACAUAGACAGAUUCAAAGAGGAGGUAGCCAAAGCUAUUGAGAACUUCGAGGACAAUGAGGAUGUGCUGAUCAAAGAGCAAGCAGCGGUCAUCAGGGCCCAGGAGCAGUAUCGGGCAGAGGUUCUCAAUGCCGCUCUGGCCACUGAGUGCAACGCAGAGCUGGAGCAAACCACUCAACAUGCCCAACAGGAGGCUGAGAUCUUCGGCGGGAGCUGUUAUUUAAGGUCCCAAGGGCAGGAUGACCGAGCGGGGCCCAGCUGGCGUGAUCCAGGCGUGGAGAGUCAGUGGGCAGACGAAGAUGUUGGCUUGACCUUCAUUGGCCAUCAGGAUUCUUCAGGAAGUGGAAAUGUUCAUACAGGAGCUGUUCCUCCGUGGAUGCAGGACGACCCUGAAGAAGGCAGCUCCAAGACACAGGAGAUUGGACCGUCACUCCAGGAGUUCAUGAAGCAAAAGGAGCAGGAGAAGCUGAAGAAACUUCCACCUAACCGCGUCGGAGCCAAUUUUGACCACACUUCCCACACAGAUACCAACUGGUUACCAUCCUUUGGACGGGUGUGGAACAAUGGCAGACGAUGGCAGUCCAGGCACCAGUUCCGGGAUGAAGAGGGGAAAGGAAGUGGGCGGAAGAGAAAAGCUGGCUCCUGGGGGAAAGGUGGAAAGAAGACGAAAAAAUCAAACCACACAGACCUCUCUGAGCAUUAGUAAUACAUUUUGUAUGUUAGUCACUUGGUGUCCAUUGGCUUUAAACCAAUUAUUUUAUAGGGGAAAGUGUCUUAGUGGUUGAAGUAUAAAAGGUCCAAAGUCAUUUGGGGGAAGGGGGGGUAUAUGCCAUAUGGAUUGGAUUUAAUGCUCAACAUGCACCAUAGUGACAACAUUGUUCUCAGGAUGAUUCUAUUGAAGAACUUCAAGCUCACAGAACAUGGACUAUGAUUUGCUUGAAAUGCUCAUGUGUGUAUAUACAGUACUAACAGAACUUUUGUUGUCCAUUUGUACAUACUUUUUUGGUCUUUACUUUCUAUGUUAUUUGCAACCCAUGGAAACAUACAGUCUUCACACCUCUAGAAUGUUCAGUGGGUGUAUGAGUGUAUGCCAGAGGGUUUUGUAAAAUAUGUCAGGUAUCUGAUGAUGGGAUAGUAGAUAUAAUGUAUAUUUAUAUACUUGUAAGGAAUGCAAAGUUAUGUCCUGGUAGAGCAGAGAUGGUACCUUUUAGAUCAGGGGUUCUCAAACUUUUCUUUUGGCCAGGGAGCCCUAAUGGAAUGGAAAAAUGUGCAAGGACCCCCUCAUAACCACACCUUAAAGGGACACUGUGUGAGA